AUGAUGGAGCAGAGGUGGCACUUGCGGCCAAGGGUACAUGAGCCAGUGGCCAAGUGUUUCGCAAAGCACAAGAGCAAGCUGAUUCAGUUCUCCAUCUCCCUGGAUGGCCGGCGUUGGAUAUUCGUGAGGGAAGAUCUGGACGACUUCAGGAAAGGUUGUCCACAUUCUGAGGGUCUGAUCAUUCGCGGCACCAAGGAGGCCUUUAUUCCUAUGGUCGCUCACAGAGUCCCCCAGCCUGGCACCAAAAACAGCCAGAGAAAGCCCAAAGAUGCAAGCCUGUGCUCCACACUGUCUUCAGCCCAGCUAGCACGUAAGACAUUCAUGCACGACCUCCAGGCCUGCCUGGCCCAGAAAUCUUCAGCUCUCUACUCGACUCUGGAAGAAGACGUCCCUGCAGACCUCUUGCUAACGGUGCUCAAAGUGCUGGACCCGGACCGGAAGCUGGAGGACACAUGGAAUUAUUGCGAGGGCCUCAGGGAAGGAACCAAGAAACCCACCAAGUUUUCCAAACAAGGUAGUCCAAAAGGCUUCCCUAUAUUUCCCAAGAUUUCCAAGCCACGUCGAUACAGCUUGCUUCAGGAAGAUUACAUGCCAUAAGGAAUCCAUGACUUCUGUAGAUGGGUUGCUACUUUGGGAGACUUCAGCAUCAGGGAAGAUUUCCUGCUGAAACGAUUUGAUAUUGGCUUUGAGUUCAAACCAACAUAUGAUGAGAACCAAAUGAAGAAAAUAAAUCUGCUUCCUCCUGAGCUCAGGUACUGCAAGGGACUAAAGAAAUCGAAGGAGAUAAUAUUCUCCAUACAGGAACUAGACUUUGACAGGAAACAUAAGAAACCAAAGAAUCCCUAUCAACCAAAGCAUGAGAAGAUCAGGUAUGGAGCAUGGUACCUAAAGCCCAAACUAUGGAAAAAACUAAUAAAUGAUGAGACUUUGAUUGACCCCAAGAUCCUAGCUGAAGCUCAACGUGAACCUCCUCCUGACAUUAUUGAAGAUAUUUAUGGAACAAUUGCCUUUAAGGACUUCAUUGUAAGCAAGGGCUACAGUAUGGGAGGAAUCCUUGAGCAGUUGUUCACUAGGAAGGGAUGGCGUUAUAACAAGUUUGUGACCCCUAUACCAAGAGCAGUGGAGGCCCAUGACAGAGCACUGGCUGCUUUUGCAAAAGAAGAUGAUUAGAUGGCUUUUCAUUUGCUAUGUACUUGACUAUAUCUUGCUCUCAUUUUCAACAAUCAGAAUAUAGGAUGAGGAUCCCACCUAGGAUGUACAAUUGGGACAGGUAGCCUGUAAUUUCAGCACUUCAUGCUCUAAAUAUUCCUCAAUUAACUUCUGCUUUGAAUUCAUCAAUAUUUUAGAUGUCAACUGAGAUCAACAUUCAUACAACCUCUUCUCACAUUUUU